AUAUUCAUUUAUUGUUGUGUUACCAAGUAAAUAAACGUAUAAGAACAGCGCGCUGAAGCACCUGUUAUGAUUCGACUAUUCUAAUCGAUAGUACCGUUUACCAAAGUACUGCAAGCAACACACAAUAUUAAUAUCAGCCGGUGGCAGGAUUGGAGUUCAUACCGCUCUUGUUCGAUGACUGUGCCUGGAAACCCUUGCUAGGCAUCGGGACCUUUCAAGACCGCUUGAAUACUCAACUCUGGGAAUCAUCUGUAGCUGAGAUACACAUAGGGAAGGUGCAGGUUCAAACACACCAACACACGUUAGUUCUGAUAAAAGAAACAAACCAACAAAUAAUCAUGCUUUUUUUUUUGCAGCCUUAUCCGAACACAGAAAUGUUUCUUUCCCAGAGAUCAAUCCCAGCUUUGACUGUCGUGGUCAUCGCUUUUAUAGCACUGGCAAAACCGCAGGAAAUGGAAAGUAAACGAGCAGUGACAGAACACCAGUUCAUGCACGACAAAGGCAGUGCCAUGCAGAGUCUGAAGCGCUUGAUCUGGCUGUCCAGCGCCAUGAGAGAGGUGCACACAGCCAGCCGGCGCGACAUCUCCAGCGCAGACCCCGUCUGGGACGGGCAGGGGUCCCCCAGCGUCCGCGCCAGCAGAGCGGAGACCAUCAGGCAGCUGCUGACACUCCUGCUCGGAGAGGAGCCGAAGAGCGACACCCCGCCGGCGCUGAGAGCCGCGCUGGAUAGAAAUAACAACCUUCAGGGCGCCGAGCCCGACUACCACAAGAAAUAGAAGAAGAAACGAUUACGUAACUGAUUCAUUCAAGAAAUGACUGAUUGAUUUGUUGAUUUAUCUGUGUUUGUUUUUCCAGAAAAAAACCUACAUAAAAUCGAUCUGUGUAUUACACGCAAGACCAGACGUCCCAUAUUUGCAAAAGCAGAUGCUUUAUCACAGAUUCGUGGUUUUAAGCAGAAUUGAGAACCCUGUAUCAUCUUGUCGUGCUGCUGUGUAGUUGUGUAAAUAUUUUAUAACACAGGUGCUCUUGGUUUCCCUCGCUGUCGUUUCGCUCUGUUGAAAAGGAUUGCCUUGCCGCAGGUGUUCAGACCAAUAAAAAUACAUCAAAUGA